AUGAAAGGGCCCGGCCGUAGUUGCUCUCCCCUAUCCUUGCUCGGCUCUUUCCUUGCUCGGCUCUUUACUUGAACUUAAGAGCUCUGAGAGCGAAUUGGAUCCAUUAGUCCACGAAAUAAUUCUUGAUUUCAUUUGAUGGGCGUGGAUCUAUGAUCGAUCCGAAGUCUCUGCCGGAGGAAGAAGAGGAGAUGAACGGGAGCCGCCCGGCGGUGCACCCGGUGGAGGCAGAGGCUGCGGGGAACCCCCUGAGGGUGCGGAUGAAGGACGUCCAAGGCUCGCCAGGGACCCCCGGUGGCCUCGCCCUCCGCCUUUCCCAGUCCUCCUUCGCCGCCGCCGCCCUCUGUCUCAUGCUCACCACCGCCGAUUUCGCCUCCGUCACCGCCUUCUGCUACUUUGUGGCAGCAGUCAUCUUGCAAUGCUCGUGGAGUCUUUUAUUAGCUUUUGUGGAUUUAUAUGCUCUUCUAGUCAAACGUUGCUUGCGGAACUCCUCCGUGCUUUUCUUGUUCACCAUCGGUGAUGGGAUCACUUCCACACUGACAUUUACAGCAGCCUGUGCAUCUGCUGGCAUCACAGUUUUUAUCAGUAAUGAUAUCAACAAAUGUGCUGGGAACCACUGCACAAGCUUUGAGACUGCCACGGCAAUGGCCUACCUAUGCUGGUUUGCUGUCUUCCCAAGUUUUCUAUUGAAUUUUUGGUCACUAGCAUCUCGAUGAGAAGAAAAGAGACAUUUUUCUUUUUAUUAAUUGCACCUAGCAGUUUGAUCCAUAUUAUCUUUUUUGUGUGUUUGUAAAUCACUAAAGAAGACCCUGUGACCUGUCAUAUGUAUAGACAGUAACUCGGGUUGAGGAUAUUGAAUAUUAAUACAGUAGAAAGAAAAUUAUUCCAAGUUGCUAA